CGUUAAACACCAUUCCAUCAUCAUCAUCAUCUUCUCAAGUGGCGGUUCGGGAUAUCUGAAAGACACGAAUUCUUUAGAGCCUGCUGAAGCCGAGUGUGAAGAGAAUGUCGGUUAUAGAUCGUUACCCCAACGCAGGGAUUGAUCCGCCAACAUUACACGGCUCCCAGCCAGCACAAGUGAUCUUAUCAUGUGCAAGCAGACUUGAAGAUGAAGAUCGGGAAACCUUGACCCAGCAUACAUCCAAUUCAUCGACAUUCUUUUAUUUUCUCACUUUUGCUCCUCCUAUACCCAACAUAAUCAAACAACCAAGAGCAUUUAUCCGACAUCCAUACACCUUGUACGGCUUUGGUGGUCUUUUUGCUAUUCUCGGAGGGUUUUCAAGUUUUCCAGUCUUGGAUUUGAUCUACGGUUUGUAUUGGUCAAAUAGGAUCGCAUACGAUGCCGAUCCAAAACAGAUAAGAGAUGCAAGUGAUUUCGCUGGAAUCAUCCUUUUGUGUGCAGCAAUUGGAUGUUUAAUAUUCGUCUGGCUUUUUCAAAUUUGCUUCACCAUGGCGGCAAGUCAGUUGUCUUCCAAUCUACGUCAUACAUAUAUCGCAGCCGUUCUUUCACAAGAUGCUUCUUAUUUUGAUGAACAUGGAGCAGGUGAAGUUGCAACGCAUGCCGGAAAAGAGGUUAAUGCGAUAAGAACCUCUUUGGGUGAAAAAUUGGGCAUGACGCUUUUCACUACAACGAUCUUGUUCUGCUCUCUGAUUAUUGGUUUCAGUGUUGCCGCUCGAGUGACAGGCUUUCUUUUUACCGUUGUCCCGAUCAUAUUUGCAAUUUUUGGAUUAUUGGGUUACGCAUCAGAAUUUGUUGGUGGACCGGCAUUACGAUUAGAGGGUAGAGCAAGCACUUUUUUGGAAGAAGUUAUUGGCUCGAUGAGAAUCGUUCAAUCAUUCGGAAUGGCAAAAGCUCUUUUGAACAAAUACGAUCAGGAUUUAUUGGGUAAGGUUCAAAAAUAUAGUAAACAAAAAGCUUUAAUACGAGGGGCGGAAGCUGGACUGGUAUAUUUUAUGCUUUUCUUGACGUACAGUGCCUCAUUUUGGUGGAUCGGUCAUUUACUCAUUCGUAAUCAAGUUGACUUAGGUAACGGUCUUACCGCAUUCUGGAAUCUAAUCAACUCUUUGUUCGCAUUCUCUUUGGCCGUUCCUCAUUUGGCAUCCAUUUUGGAGGCAAUGUCAGCGAUCAGACUACUGCGAUCAGCGAUUGAACGACAACCAAGGAUCGAUGUGCGAAAGAAAGACGGCAUCCGAAUUCCAACGACGAAUAUCAAACCAGAAUUCAUCUUACGCGAUGUCACUUUGGCAUAUCCCAGCCGUCCAACAGUUCCUAGUCUGAAACAUGUCAAUCUUACCCUUACCUCCGGUCACGUUACCGCUUUGGUGGGUCCCAGUGGAUCGGGAAAGAGUACAAUUACUUCUCUCCUUUUACGUGAAUAUGAUCCUGAGACAGCAAACGUUCCUCUACCCAGCGAUGAAAUGGAAAAGGAAAAGGUGGAAAGAUCAGAGAAAAAGGCAGAGAGGAAGAAGAAGAAGAAGAAGAUUGAAACAGAAUCCACUAAAGAUUUGGAAAAAGGAUCAUCACAAGCAGACGGUAAUACAAAUAGCGGUGAGGAAGAUUGCGGCGAUGAAGAAAAGCAAGGGGCACAACGUCUACCCGUUGAAGGAGGAGGCCAAGUUUUGUAUUCUGGAACGGAUGUACGUGAACUUAAUUUACGUUGGCUGCGAAGUCAAGUUGCAAUCGUUCGACAAAACCCUCAAAUCUUUACUGCUUCUGUAUUUGAGAACGUUGCGGCAGGUCUGAGUGGGACACAAUGGGCUUACCGUCCUGACAUUGAUGGAAAAGAGGAUGCACCAGAAGACGUUCGAAUUCGUACGAACUUGAUACGUGAGAAAGUCCAAUUAGCUUUACAAAAAGCACAAGCAUGGAACUUUGUCGAACGUUUACCCGAAGGAAUGGAUACUCCAAUUGCGGGAGGCAAGACUGGACUUCUAUCGGGAGGGCAAAGACAAAGAUUGAGUCUAGCCAGAGCAUUGGUACGUGAACCAAACGUAUUGGUUAUCGAUGAAGGCACUUCAGCAAUUGAUACAAACACAGAAGAAAAGAUUCGAUUGAUGUUAGAGGAAGAACAUUCAGAGCGUGGAAUGACUACAAUCUUGAUCGCUCAUAGAUUGAGUACGGUGGAAAAGGCCGAUAAGAUUGUCGUUAUGCGAAACGGUCGAGUUGUCGAUGAGGGAAAACAUUCAGAAUUAAUGCAACGAAAAAGAAGUGAAGAUCAAACGUACAAGGAAAUGGUUAUGCAACAAAGGGCAAUUCUUCAAACUGAAAAUGAAGAUUCUAAUCGAAUUGACACAAAAGAUCACGGGGAAAAGGAGUCUUCUAGAAGAAAUCCAUCACCUACUUCUGAUCGUACAGAUUCCGAAGCUGGACUUGAAGUUCUUUCGGAUCAAUCAACGGCAAAGUUUGCGCCGAGUACGAUUUAUCCUUUGCAUACGGACGAAAGUCAACGACCAAAUGAGAUGGAUAAUAAUAAACUUGGCAGACGUCUUUCACGAAAGACAUCCGAUCAUACAUAUUGGUCCGUUUCAGGACGUAAUUUAACAUUGAAUCAAUUGGAGCACAGUGCCGAAGCUCCAAAUUCGACAAAGGAGAUGCACAAAGACGUCUUUCGAUCAGCGCACGAUCAGAAAGGCAAUAACUCCGAAACCGAAUCUGAACAAGAAAAGGUAUCAUCAGACGGUACCAUCACAGCAGGAAAGGAGGCUCCCCAAGUUACGGAUCGACGAGCUUGGCGCAAUUUCUUCAAAGUUCUUGCUAUGUUUCGAUUUGAAUUUGUGUUUGGAACUAUUGGGGCUCUGCUUGCCGGCGCCAUCUUCCCCGUCGUUGGCUGGAUUACCGGAAAAGCGGUAAAUGCUCUAAAUGAACCCACACCAGAGCGUAUCAAGAGUCAAUCGGAAUUGUGGUCUUUGGUAUUCUUGUGUUGUGCGGUUGCAGCUUUGAUCAUUAUCACGUUUCAAUCAUUUUUAUUGGAAUCCGGCUCGGAAAAGAUGAGCAGAUAUCUCAAGACGAGAUCAUUAGACGCUCUUCUGAAGCAAGAGAUUGGCUAUUUUGAUCGAGCAGAAGCUUCAAGUGGUGCAUUGGCAGCUUCCGUUUCAACAUAUCCGAGCAAUGUCUCAGCGGCUACUGGUUUAGUCACUUCGCAAGUUUUGAUCUCUUUGGCGAAUUUGUUGGGUUCCGUAAUUUUGGCAUUUGUUCUAAGCUGGAAAGCUGCAUUGGUGACAUUAUCUCCGGUGGUUGUGCUCUUCUUUAGUGGUUACGUCAAUAUCGCCAUGUUGGAAAAGUAUGAGUCCACUUUAUUGGAACCUGCCGCACAAGGAGCUUCAUUCAUAUCCGAGAAUGUGGAUGCAAUGAAAGAAGUUUCAGCUCUGGGACGUGAGCGAGAAACGCUUCGAUUAUUCGAUGAAAAAACACGUUCGACAACUCCCAAACAAAGUCUUUACCUCGUUCUUGGAGGGGGAGGAUUUGCAAUCUCCCAAGCAGCCGUUUUUGCGACUUCAGCUUUGAUCUUCUAUUAUGGCGGCAUUCUACGUUCAAAAGAUCAAAUUUCGAUUACCGGUAUUUACGCAAUUUUUGAAGCUGCGAUUAUUUCAGUAUUUGCUGCAGGUCGAAUUUUCCAAUUUACAGGCGAUUUCGGUCGUGCGGCUGCGGCUUUUAAAUCCAUGUCCGGAUGGUUUGAAAGAAAGCCGCAGAUUGCAAGUUUGCCGGCUAUCAUGUCAAAUGAUGAAGAUGGUGCAAAGAAAGAAUCUUUGGCACAUUUGAAUUGGACAGAAAAGAAUAUUAUUUUUCAUGACGUUGAAUUACGUUAUCCUCGUAGACCUAAUCAUCCAGCCAUUCGUAAUUUGAACCUGACAAUUUAUGCCAAGAAACAUCAAGCAUUUUGCGGAACAAGUGGAAGCGGGAAGAGUACGAUCUUGCAAAUGGUACAACGGUUUUAUGAUCCUUAUUUAGGAACGAUUCAUAUAGGUGAUUUGGACAUUCGGCAAUUGGCUUUGGAUGAAGUCCGAAAAGGGAUGAGUUAUGUUUCACAAGAUGCAUGCCUUUAUGAAGGAACGAUUAAAUUCAACCUUUUGUUGGGAGCGGUUGAAGGUCAAACGGUGACCGAUGAAGAAAUUGAACAAGUUUGUGAAGAUGCUUGCAUUUCUGAUUUUAUUCACGGUUUACCUGAUGGUUAUCAGACCGAAAUUGGAUCAAAAGGAACUCAAUUGAGCGGUGGACAAAGACAAAGGAUUUGCAUCGCCCGAGCAUUGAUCAAAAAGCCCAAAAUAUUAUUAUUGGAUGAAGCAACAUCUGCUUUGGAUGCACAAGCCGAAGUUAGUGUUCAAAAAGCGUUGGAUAACGCAGCAAAAGGUAGAACGACAUUAACGGUUGCACAUAGAUUAUCAACAAUUCGUAAUGCUGACAUUAUUCACGUUGUAGAAGAUGGUGCAAUUAUGGAAAGUGGAUCACACGAUGAAUUAAUUCAAAAGAGAGGAAGAUAUCUUGAAUUGGUUCAAGCACAACUUUGAAUGUACAAAAUGUCAACAACAAUGAUGUAUAGUAUUAUUAAUAGAUCUUCAUAAUGAUCCUUGUUUAGAG